AGCUGGAAAGUCUGCGGCAGAUCCUGGGUUGUGUGGACGCGGGAGCUACCUGAACCCGGACGGAGGCCAGCUCGAGCUAAGGGUAAUCACACACAUCGUACUAAACAGAAAUCUCCAGACAAAACGGAAAAUUUUCAAGAAUCAAGAAUGAUGGAUCCAUGUUCAGUUGGAGUCCAACUUCGCACCACAAAUGAGUGCCAUAAAACCUACUAUACUCGUCACACAGGUUUCAAGACUUUGCAAGAGUUGUCAUCAAAUGAUAUGCUUUUACUUCAACUUAGAACUGGAAUGACACUCUCUGGCAACAAUACAAUUUGCUUUCAUCAUGUAAAAAUUUACAUUGACAGAUUUGAGGAUUUGCAGAAGUCAUGUUGUGACCCAUUUAACAUACACAAAAAACUAGCCAAAAAAAAUUUGCAUGUAAUUGACUUAGAUGAUGCCACUUUUCUGAGUGCAAAAUUUGGAAGACAGCUUGUACCUGGUUGGAAGCUUUGUCCGAAAUGUACACAGAUAAUCAAUGGAAGUGUGGAGGUUGAUUCUGAAGACCGCCAAAAGAGAAAACCUGAAUCAGAUGGAAGAACUGCUAAAGCUUUGAGGUCAUUACAAUUUACAAAUCCAGGAAAGCAAACUGAAUUUGCUCCAGAACCUGGUAAAAGAGAAAAAAGAAGGCUUACGAAAAAUGGAACUGCUGGUUCAGACAGACAAGUGAUACCAGCGAAGAGUAAAGUCUAUGAUAGCCAGGGUCUCCUGAUUUUCAGUGGGAUGGACCUUUGUGACUGCCUUGAUGAAGAUUGCUUAGGAUGUUUCUAUGCUUGUCCUGCCUGUGGUUCUACCAAAUGUGGAGCCGAAUGUCGCUGUGACCGCAAGUGGCUUUAUGAGCAAAUUGAAAUUGAGGGAGGAGAAAUAAUUCAUAAUAAACAUGCUGGAUAAUUUGUGGUAUCAAACUAUGGGGUCUUUAAAGGUCCUUUUUCAAUUUCUAAAAAUCUGUCUUUCUAAGAUGAUCACAUUUUAAGCUUGAUUGUCAAAUGACAAAGAUUUGAAAACCACCUCAAUAUGCACUCAAUAUGCAGUAAUGUUGCAUUUUGGUUGCUUUCAUAAUCAUUAUUUGAUGUGAAUUUAUAUGGGCUGUUUCUCAGCAAUCAGCUUAAGCCUGUCUAGGUCAAUGUAAAUAAGUAGGGUAUAAGUAGUCCUCAAUUUGCAUGUUUUCCAUAGGCAAAAAUUUUAGUUACCAUGAUUUAGUUAAAUAACAUCAGUCUCCUAAUAGCAUGGUUCAAAUUUCACUUAUAUUUAACUGAAAAUUUAUUGUAUGAAGUACAAACUUCCCUGCUAGCUCUUCAGUCCACAAAUCACUAUGUAAAUAACAGAUGUGCUUCAUGAUCAAUGACCAGUCAAGUCACUUAUUUCAAAUUCUGCUAGUGAUUAGUCACUGCACAUCUGUUACUCAUUUCACUCACAGCAAAGCGUGUAGUUGAGCUGUCUCCUUGUCAGCAAUGUGACAUUUUAUAAAAGUGGACAACUGAAAGAAUUGGCCAACAAAGAUGAUAGUGCAGCAAAUAAAUGAAAAAUGAUUAACACCAGAAGUGAUACUUGAAUUGAAUGUGAAUAGAGUUGUAGAAGAAAUCACUGAUCAUGGGAUGUUGAUAUUAUUGCUGUUCUAGAGACUCUAAAUAUGCAUCCUGAGGAACUUAGUGAAGGCAAACUUCUUGACAUAAAUGAGGAAAGUGGUGAGAUGAGAAAGAUGACUAUGUCCCAGAGGAAGUGCUCCUAAAAAGCUUCACAUUAAAGGGCAUUUAAUGUGAAUACAGAAGUAUUUCAUCACAUUGAGGACACAAACAAUAAAGUGGUGGAAGGUGAUUCAGACUUAAAAGGAGAAUGAAAAUUUGCAAUCUUAUAGCAAAGGUGCUUACUCGUAUCACAAGUUAUUUGGCCAAAAAAGCAGGCACUCUUCUAACUACUAUUAAUUAGAUCUUUUACAAUGAAACAAAACACUCUAAUUCUCAGUGUUUCUAACAUUUUAAAUUACAGUCCACUAAAUACAUAUUUUUAUACUUUUUUUCAUUUUCUUCUACAUUUAUAACGGACGUACUGAGAGUUUUUAAUAUUUUGACGGAUCUCUAAAGGUCAUGGAACAAUCAUAAUUUGGCCACAUUGAUUGCUCUGCAUGGCCCUUUUUAUGAUCCCAUGCUACCAUGCAAAAUGAGGACUGCCUGUAGCUGGGAACAAUGACUAUUUCAGGGAAACCUGAUUUUGAUAAAAUGACUAAGUGUUAAACUGUUUCAGAAAUAAUCCACACAUCUAAGUGCUAAAAUGUUUUUCUUCUUGCUUAUUUAAAAAAAAAAGUUUUACUACUGUAAUCCUUUUAUUGUUUAGGCCAUUCAUUCUUUGUGGAAAUUUUUUCUUGGUGACAAAAAAUCUUUUUUAUGUAUAAAGUACAAAUAUACAUACAAUACAUAGACAAAUAUACAUUAUAUCUGUGGUAUUAAAGUUUUGGGGGGUGGUUAAUUAAUAGUUCUAAAAAGGCUGCUUAAGGGAGUGAUAAUGAAAAAAGGUGGAGAAACACUUAGGUUAAGACAUGGAGUAUAAAAUUUUUUAGAAAUUGAAUCAAUGUUGGGAUUUGUAUUAUUGCUUUUGGAGGACAGAGGAAUGGUGUCUUCUCUCUGCACUUUCUUUUCUUCAUGACAGCUACCUGUCAUUCUGUCUAAAAGCUUUUAUCACGUAAGACAUUGCCACUAAACUAGGUUUUUUGUUUUUGUUUCUUUUCCCUAAACACAGUACUUCAGUUUAAUCAAAUGAGUUUUUAGCAAUUUGAAAUAUUUUGUAUAUGUUAAAACUAAGUUUAUACAGGCGGUUUGAAUUGACCAUUAGAGGUGGGGGUUUUUUAUUUUUAUUUUGCUAUCUUUUUAAAAAGACUGGUUUUACUUUGAUGGAAUGCCAUUUUCCACCUUGGAAUUAAAUGUCAUUUUAAAAUUAUAAUUGUUCACUAACCUGGUUAUCAGAACUACAGAUUCAACUGAGCACUGGCAAAAGAAUAUUUUAGCUUUAUGUACUUAAGCCAGAUGCUAGAUUAUUUAUUGUUUUCUGAAUUAAGGAAAUAUUUUGUUAUAGAGGAUACAAACAGACUGCUUUUAUCUAAAUUUCCAGGAUCAUUAGGUCUUAGUUACAUUACUGUGGUCUCUUUUUUUUUUGCUUUAAGUAUGAGUUAGUACAUUGAUCAGGCUGUGCAUAUAGGGACAAAUUAAAAUCUUAGAUUUUUUUGUUUAAAAAAGGGAUUCCUUUUUGAUGAAAUAAAUGACUUUAAGAUUCAAGUUGCUAUAUUUCAGCAUUUCUUGAACAGAUUUGUUUUUUUCAAGGGAAAAUUUCUUGAAUAACAAUUUUGCUAGUAUUUGUUAAUCAUGCCCAUUUAGGGGAUCAAACUUUUAAUGAACAUAGAAGUUAUUUACAGAGAAAGUUAUAUCUGAUUUACAGUAGGCUAUAAUAAAAGCUCUAUUUUGGAAAAAUUAGAUCAUAUGUCCACUUAAUGUUUUUUAACUUAAAAUUACAGAAAUAUGAAAUACAGUGAAAUCAUCUAGGUCCUUUUUAUAUUUUGCAUAAAUAUUCAAGGUGGCUAAAUUAUUUUAGAAUUCUAUUAAUCUAAAAAGCAAAAAUAAAAGUUAUAUAAAUACUACUGUGUGCAGGUCCUAGUGUAAAAGUUAAUGUUAAAUUCUACAAACAUUGGUCUUACACAAUGUUAGUCACAAACUUAAAAAAGCAUGUAUAUAUUUGAAUAAAGUAAAUGGCAUCCUGUG